AUGCAGUCUGUGGACCCAGACCACUUCUUCGAGACUGAUGCCUCUCAGGCACAGAGAGCGAGAAAGGCGGCCAAGGCAGGAAACAAGAAUGGCGACCCUUUGAAGAUGAAAUCCAAGAUUCUUGCUGCCAUUCCCGACCCCGGAUCUCCGCUUUCCACGAUUUUCAUUGCUGAAUCUGCAGGUUUCGUUCGCCGUGUCAAUUUAUCAACCCCCGAGCCACAAGCAACUUAUCGUGGCCCAAAAGCUCCGGUUACAUGUCUCGCCGUGGGGGGUAAAGAAAACAAGACCAUAUUUGCAGGGUCCUGGGAUAAGGAUAUAUGGUCAUGGGAUAUCGAGUCACGUCAGCCUGGCCGGAAAUAUAGCGGCCACUCUGACUUUGUCAAGGCCGUUCUGUGCACGAAACUCGGCGAGCAGGACAUCCUCGUCAGUGGCGGAGCAGACAAGAAGAUUAUCGUAUGGGACAUUGAAACGGGCCGUCGUUUGCACACCAUACAAGACCCCACCAUGACGAUGCUCGCUGUCCAGCAUCUAGCUUUGGAUCCUGAAUACAGUGGUAUUGAGAGGUUUGUCUUGUAUUGCGCCAGCAGUGAUCCACACAUUCGUCGAUGGGAGGUUACCCUAGACAGCUGUGAGCCAUUCACGGAGUCGUGCCAUGGCGCGCCUCCUACCGAGAACCUAACGAUCGAGGCACACGACACGAGUGUCUACAGGUUGGUUUUUGAUGAGUUUGCAGAAGAUCUCGAUUUAUGGACAGCCAGUGCAGAUGGGACGGCAAAGUGCCUGGAGCGGCGUCAUGGCUUUGCGGCAGCAGGUUCUCUACAACAUGGCGAUUACGUGCGCGCAGUCCAACCGACGAGUAAUUGGGUAAUUACCGCAGGAAGAGACGAGGAUGUGAAAGUAUGGGACAGAGCGUCUGGAAAGCUGUACUGCUCGCUGGAGGGGCACUUUGAAGAGAUUACGGACUUGCUACUCCUUCGUGAUGCUCUGGGUUACCCCCAGAAAGUCUGUAGCGUCAGCAUCGACGGGACUAUUCGCACUUGGCCACUACAAAAGGCGAAACUUGAUGCUGCCGUCAAAAAGAUGGAAGAGGCCAAGAAACAAAGCACGCAAGAGAAGCAGACAGAAGAGGUGGAAAGCCUGUUGACUGCCGAAGAGGAAGCAGAACUGGCAGCACUGAUGGAUGACUAG